AUGACAGAGCCUGAGCCGCCCUCAGUGGCAGCUCUCAGCAUCGCCGCUACAGCUGCAGAGCCCGUGUCCAAAGCCACGGCGCAGGAAAUCAACCCCUGGGACGUACAGGCGGCCACCGACGCCGACGGCAACAUCCAGGAGUUCGACUACGCAGCCAUCUCCGCCCAGUGGGCCACCAAGCUCAUCGACGAUGCCCUCCUCGACCGCUUCGAGCGCGUCACGGGCCACAAGCCGCACCGCUGGCUGCGCCGACGCCUGUUCUUCUCCCACCGCGACCUCGAGCUGAUCCUCGACAAGUACGAAAAGGGCGAGGACUUCCUGCUCUACACCGGACGCGGCCCCAGCAGCGAUGCCAUGCACAUUGGCCACACCAUCCCCUUCGAGUUCACAAAGUGGCUGCAGGAUGUCUUCGACGUGCCCCUGGUCAUCAUGUUGACCGACGACGAAAAGUUCCUCUUCAAGGAGAAGCUGAAGCAGCCCGAGGUCUACCAGUUUGCCCGACAAAACGCAAAGGACAUCAUCUCCAUUGGCUUCGACCCCAACAAGACCUUCAUGUACAUCGACUCCGAGUUCUUCACCUCGGGCUUCAACAGGCACUUCAAUCUCAAUGCUACCGAGUUCGAGAAGCUCAUCACCAACAACCAGGUGCGCGGCGCUUUCGGCUUCCAUGGAUCCACCAACAUCGGCAGCAAUGCGUUCGCUGCCAAGCAGUGCGUUGCUGCCUUCGCCUCCUCCUACCCCUUCAUCUGGGGACAAGACCACAAGACCUACCACCGCUCCAAGCAGCUCGCCGCCAUUCCUUGCCUCAUUCCCUGUGCCAUCGACCAAGACCCUUACUUCCGCCUGGUUCGCGAAAACUGUAGCAGAAUGGACCAGCCCUCGCCGAAGCCCGCCCUCAUCCACUCCAAGUUCCUCACCGCGCUGCAAGGUGCAGGUGGCAAGAUGAGCGCAUCCAACCCCAAUUCCGCCAUCUUCAUGAGCGAUACCGACAAGCAGAUCAAGAAAAAGAUCAACUCUCACGCCUUCUCCGGCGGACAAGAGACGCUGGAGCUUCAGCGCGAGAAGGGCGGCAACCCCGACAUCGAUGUCCCGUACCAGUACCUCGCUUACUUCGAAGACGACGACGAGAAGCUGCUCAGACUCGCCGACGAGUACCGCAAGGGUGAGCUCACAACAGGGGAGAUGAAGAAGACGUGCAUCGACAUGAUGUCACAGUACGUGAAGAGAUUCCAGGAGGCGAGAGCCAAGGUCACAGAGGAGACGCUCGACGAGUUCUUGCGCCCAAGGCAGCUGGAGUGGAAGGGCAACCCCAAUGUGGUCAAGCCAAAGGUCGAAGAGAAGAACGAGGGCGAGGCAGCAGCAGUAGGCGCAGAUGGCCAGCCCAUGACCAAGAAUCAGAUGAAGAAGCUUGCCAAACUCGCGGAGCAGGAGAAGAAGAAGGCUGAGAAGGCGGCCGCAGCAGCUGCUAAAAACUAG